AUGUCAGACUUCCAAGCACCAGACACAUCUUCGCUAGAGCGAGUAGCUUACCUCUGUGGCUACCCAAUAGCCCAUUCAAGAUCGCCUUCUCUACAUCACUCCAUAUACUCCUCGUACGGAAAGGAUUGGGCCCAGCUAUUAUUUGAGACCAAGGACCUUGAAGGGUUUAUAAAAUAUCUCAAGAAGGAUCCAAAAUGUAUGGGGAGUGGUGUUACCAUGCCAUUCAAAGUUGCUGUCAUUCCUUAUCUCGACGAGCUUACCGAAGAAGGAAAAGUGAUCGGGGCCAUCAACACAAUCUUCUUCAAAACGGCCCCUGAUGGCUCCAGAAUAUAUUGCGGGACAAAUACUGAUUGUAUUGGAAUCCGCGAUGCUUUUAUAAAUAAUGUUUCUGGCUCGCCAUAUCAAGGGAAGCCAGGGCUUGUUGUAGGUGGAGGUGGAACUUGCAGAGCUGCCAUAUAUGCUUUACAAAAGUUUAUGGGCUGUUCUCCAAUUUACAUUGUAAACCGAGAUGCCGAGGAAGUGGAAGCUGUACUGAAAGAAUGUCGUGCACAAGGGGUGGCAGAUGAUUUGAUUCAUGUCUCUUCAACAGCACAGGCAGAAAAAUUGCAACCUCCAGGUGCUGUGGUGAGUGCUGUGCCAGACUUUCCUCCAAGGACCGAGAACGAGAAGACCGCCAGGGCCAUCCUAUCGAGCUUUUUAAACAGAGGAGACAGGGGUGCACUCUUGGAAAUGUGCUACCACCCCUCUCCCGAGACAGAGAUAUCAGCACUGGCGAAUCAAGCAGGUUGGCAAGUAAUUGGCGGUAUUGAGGCAAUGAUAGGGCAGGGAUUUGCCCAAGCAGUAUUGUGGACCGGCAUUGAAAUCAACGACCAACUGAAGAACUCAGCCCGCGAGGCAGUAGGGGGCUCACAGAAACCGCCACAAUGA